UGAUAGUGUCAUUUGGCAACCUUCAGAUUCCAGCAGCAGUAUUGCGCAUCGUGCUGGGACUCUUGGGCGGCCUUAAAGUCGAUGACCACUAUAAGGAAAACGUAGGGGACAUGAAAAAUCUUGUGCCAUCUCUCUACAUCUUUUAUGGGAUGCUGAUUGGCCAAGGAAUACUCUAUACCAUUGCCGGCAUACUUGAGAUUUUUUCAUUCGUCUUACGGAGAUCACUAGCCCGCCAGGCUGGAUUUAGUGGUCCCCAAGGAGUGGAAUAUGUCAAUUCAUACUAUGCAUAUGUCUUCAACAAAUGCAUGAAAGGGGCUGUGCUUGCUCCAGAGAAGACUAGCCUCAUCACAUUUGCAGUGGAUUCUUUAAAUUCAGACUCACCCAAGAAGCAGCUCUCUGGGCUUAAGAUGUUGCACAAGGUUCUGAAAAAGGAGAUCUUCAGGACUAAAGCUAUAUCAGAACUUACCACCUCCACGAAUACAGUGGCCUGCUUGGUUAACAUACUGGGCUGGACAAGUGAAAGGGAUAAAGAUGUUAGAUUAUUUGCCACAAAGGUCUUUGCUGAGCUCGCAGAUAACCUCCGAAUCGUCUCUGUCCCUGGGGCAAUGCAGCUCAUAGGCUCACUUUUGGACACUGCCCACAAAUCGAAAGAAAGGGAUCCUCUAGGCAUUGAUAGCCCUGAGCCAAAACAAGAUAACUUGAUUCAGCAAAUUGGUGGAAAUGAACAGAGCUCCCGGGUGAUUAAAUGGUUGAAGAAGACGGCAAAAUAUUGUUUGAUUCCGAGGGAUGAGCCAUGUAACAUGGAUGAACCAAAGCCCCAUAUAUUCAGAUUCUGGAAACAGUCUGAUGCAAAGGAGGAGCCAUCAAAAGAUCAAGAUCUCCUCCCGGUACUGGGCAUGUUAAUCCUUGACAAGCUUGCUAGCUUUGAUCUCGAGAAUUGUAUAGAAAUCUGCAGAGACCCUGGUCUAACCACAAAGGUUAUAGAGUUCACAAGCAAUAGACCCAACAUGACAUAUAGUAAUGAGACACACAAGACACUGCUGAAACGUUCAUCACUGAAGCUACUUUGCAGACUUGCAAAGACUAAAGGGAAAAUUGGUGUAACUUUGCGUCAGAAUAUUUUAGAACAUCCCUUCCUUUUGAGCAAUCUUGUGGAGAUCUUGGAUAACAAUGAUAGCAGCCAUGAACUGAGGGAGCUCACAACAGAACUCAUUAAGAACAUUGCCAUGGAGGAAAAUAUAAAGGAGGAGAUCGGACGCAUCCCAGUGAUCAUUAGCAGGUUGAUGGAUGCAUUUCUCAGCCAAAGUGCUCUCUCAAGAACAGAUUCAGCUCAGUUGCUACAAAUGACCUCCGGGCAAGCAUUGGCAGUUCUGGCAAUGGAGAGUGCGAACAACUGCUUAAUUAUGUUAGCGGAACCACACUCAUUCAUCAAGGAACUCACAGUUAUGAUCCAUGGUGACAGGUACAGGUACGUAGCUUCGAGCCUGUUGCAGAAUAUGUGUGUGCAUGUUCGACCUGAGCUUGGCAGCUCGGACCUGAAGGAAAUCUCCUACAUUCUGAGAGAGGUGCUGGAAGGAAUAAUGGAUGCAGAAGGGACUGAACUGGAGGUCCUUGUUGGCCUUAGUUCACAAAUAUGUAAUGUCAUUCCUGUCGAUUUUGCACGAGAACUAGAGCAUGGUCAGAUCAAGGAAAGAUUUAUGAAGAGGCUAGUCGAUGCACUUAACUCAAAUAUGAUACCUACUGCUCAUUGUCCCGGAAUCAGAAGGGCGAUAGUUGAACAUACCAUAUGCAUGAUGGAGUGUAAUCCUGAGUACGCCAGCUGUUUCAAGGAAUGUUGGAUGAUGGAAGCACUGCUAAUGGUGGAGCGCACACCUUCAAGGGCUGAAAAGUACAGGUUCUUCUCGGGUGAUGCAGGACUCAUGGAGCACAACGUACCUAUUUCUGCGCUUGUGGCUAGAGCAAAAGAACUGAUGGGCCGUGGGUAG